CGCGCUGUCACCCCCGCGGCCCCUUCCCCACCGCUCUCCCGGCGCAGCGGCAACUGCCCUGCCGGGCUGCAGCUACAGCGGAGGAGGCGCUGCCCGGGGACCCCGCUUGUCGCGGCCGCUACCGCCGUCUGAGCUGCCAUAGCAACGCAGCAGACACCGAGGAGGGGGCUCUGGGCUCUGCAGCCCAGCUCAUGGUCAGAGCCUGAGGCCUGGGCCGGCCGCCUGGUGGCGGGACUCGUGGCCCCGCGCCCAGCAGUGCCUCCCUCUCCCACUGCAGCCUGGCCGGGAUGGGCAGCACUGCCGCGCUGGGUCCCCUGCCCGCUUUCCAGUUCCGACCGCGGCACGGGAGCCCAGACUGGCGCAGGCUGAGCGCUGUGGACGUGGAGCGGGUGGCGAGCGAGCUGGACGUGGCGGCCCUGCAGGAGCACCUCAGCCACGUCACUUUCUGCAGCACCGAGCGGCUGCUCUGCCCGCAUUGCCGGGGCCCUGCCGACCCGCUGCUGCUCAAGCUGGUGCGUCUGGCGCAGCUUUCCAUCGAGUACCUGCUGCACUGCCAGGAGCACCUGGGUGCCCAGCUGCAGGGCCGCGAGCAGGCACUGCGGGCAGCUGACACCCGGCUGGAGGAGGUGGGCAAGGAGGCGGCCCAGCGUGCCCAGGAGAUGAAGCUGCUGAAGGAGGAGUGCAGGCGGCGGAAGAAGAUGAUCAGCACCCAGCAGAUGAUGCUGGAGGCUAGAGCCAGCUAUCACCAGUGUCAGUUUUGUGAUAAGGCUUUUAUGAACUACUCCUUUCUACAAAGUCAUAUGCAGCGACGCCAUAAAGAAGAAUCUCAAACUGCAGAACAAAAGAAGAAAGCACAGACAGAUAAAUUACAGGAUGAGAUCGAUAAAUUGAAGGAGCAGUUACAGCUCACCAAGUCCCUCCUAGAAGCUGAACAACAAGCUCACAUGGCCAGAUUUUCUAAGGAAUAUGAACAUCAAAGAUCAAAAGAAGAAGAAAUUCUGCAAUCUUUUCAUAAAUGGAAAGAGGAAGAAAAAGAGAAAUUGGCUGAUGAAAUAGAGAAAGUAAAAGAGAUGUUUAUGAAGGAGUUUAAAGAAUUAGCUACAAAAAACACUGCAUUAGAAAAUCAAUUGUUAGAAUUACAGAAGUCCAAUAUUCAACUGAAAUCCAAUUUAGGCACUUUAAAAGACAGCCAUGAAUUUACAGAAGAGAGACCUCAGAAUGAUCAGGAUUAUCAAAAUAUGAUGCAACUUCUUGAAAAACAGGAGAGUAAAUGGACUUCCAGAAUACAAGCCCUCCAUCAAGAACAUGAAAAAGAAAGGUGCCAGCUACUGUCACAGAUUGAGAAGCUUAAAUCAUCAAUGACAGAGGACCUAAAUGCAAGUAACAUCUUCUAUAAGAAAAGGAUAGAGGAGCUAGGGCAGAGGCUUCAGGAACAGAACGAGCUGAUUAUUUCUCAAAAACAGCAGAUAAAAGAAUUGUCCACAAAAUCACUAGUAAGCAUCAAACCACAUGCUGUGAAUGCUCCAGCACAGCAUGUUGUAGAAUCUAAACCAAGUCUACAAGACACACAUGAAAAGGCACUCUUGGUGCAUAUGCUGGAUCCCAUAGAGGAGCUUUCAGAAGAGGAAAAAGAAAUAGAAAAAAAUGAACACAAAAUAGGCAGAAGUAAGCAACAUUUAAUAAAUGCUUUGAAGACUAAUCCUUCAUUAACUAAAGAAUUACGAACGGUUUUGGAGCAGACCCUGGUGGAGAAGUUGGAAUCCUUGGGAAUUAAAGCAGGUGUUCGUGGUAUCCCGAGUGACUACUUAAACAAAGUCUUAGUUUCUGUCGAAUCUGCCAGAGAAGAGAAAGAGAAACAAGUGCCUGACAUUCAACUAAUUCGAGAGCAUCUUGAACGCCAGGUCAGCUUCAGGAUUGAGGAGAGAUCUUCAUCGGCUUGUAAUAGGCUUGUUUCCAGCUCUCGUCUUGCUUCAGAAGAUAAACAGAAGAUGGUUCAUAUGGCAACUUCCUCAUCAACAAUGCAGCCAAAACCAGCAAAGCGGACUUCUACAGCUGUAUGCCCAGUUGAACAAAGAGUGACUUCUGCUGAGAAUACAUCUACACCAAGACCCAGGAAGCAUGUUUUUCGAAAGGGGGUUUCCAGAAAAACAUCUAGUAUUGGCACUCCACCGUUCAGCUCAGAAGAGGAAGUGGAUGAUGAUGAUAUUAUGCACUCAUAUAUAUCACCAGAAUUAUUGCAGCUAAAAGCAUCCAGCAACAGCAUGAAUAAUUGUGGGAUGGUUACAGGCAAAAGUGAUAUGGACUGGACUGAAGAAAGUGAAAUGGAGGAGAUUGAAACACCUUCCAAGCCUUCAAAAGGUGCACUUAUCCAAAAACUGACUGAACAAGUUGAAAAUACUCUUUCUAGCCAUGGAAAUAAGAAUAAGCCAGCUGGAGGAAUUAAUGUCACACAGGCAUUUAUUAAAAAAGAAGAUGCACAAGAACUGAAGUUCACAGAAGUUGAUGAUGAUGACUGGGAUAUAUCAUCUGUAGAAGAAGAAAAUUGUUUAUUAGCAAAAGAUGAGAGAGGGCAGAAGGGAACUGCAGUUCAAAAGAAUAAUGAAUCAAAUACUGCAUCAAUGGUACAUGCCUGGGGUGUUCCUAAGGCAAACAUGCCUAAGGAGGAAGGAUUUCAUGAUGCUGAUACAACAAGCACAUUAAAAAGCAGCUUAGUCACUGUAACUGAUUGGAGUGACUCUUCAGAUAUAUAACUGUUCAAUUCAAAAUGGCAGACAUUUCUGUUAGAUCAUAAUACAGAGUUAAAGACCCUGUCUAAAAGAUUCUGACUCCUAUUCAUUUUUUUCAAUUGUACAUUAAUAACAAGGAAGAUUUUUUACAAAAUGCUUGUGUCUUUUAACCUUGAACAGUUGACAAGGAGAUUUACAUACAUGUAAUUAGACCCUCAGUAUUUAGAAACUUGGGGUGAAAUCCUGGCCGAAUUGAAGUCAAUGGCAAAACUCCCACGAACUUCACUGGGGCCAGGAUUUCUCCCUAUUGUUUCUUUGUAAGACUGAAACCAGUUUCUAAAAUAGGCCAGAAGCAUUAACUAAUAGACCGUUUCCUGCAGAACGUUAGUUAUCAGUAUUUUUAAAGCCUUUUUUAAAAAAUGUAUAUAUUUUUUAUUUUAUCCUGAAUUUUAUAUAUAAAUGUGAACAUUUUAAAUAAGCUUUUUCUUUGUAUUAAAAUGUUAACAUUUCCCAGCAUGAUUUAAAGUAAGUGUCAGAGGCUGAAAAAUGGUAUAGUUUACAGAUUUGUUGGUGUAUGCCUUGAAACUUAAUACUGGGAAAGUGUUUCUUCUUUACUUAUUAGAAUAUGUUUUAAUGUGUAUUCAUCUAAAACUUCAAAUUAUAAAAAUAUAGCUAGACAGCUUGAAUGGGAACAAGAAAGGUACAGAUGUGGUAUUGAACACGUAUUUGUAUUUUUUUGUUUUUAUAUUCAGUUAACUUUUGCUCUUGCAGUUGCAUUAAUUUCCCAAGAUAGCUGCCUUCAUAAAAAAAAG